CGAUUCACGUUGAAACUGGUUCUCAAUACAAAAGUCCUGAACCGGUUUGGGUAAGGUCCAGCCGGUUGGACCCAAACCGGUUUUCUUUAGAAUCGGACCAAGUUAUUGAACCGAUUUGGAGCAUUGAUAAGUUGCUAAUCGUUCUGCUGAUUGAACACUCCAAUGGAAGCUAUCGAUAUGUCAGAGACUCUGAGGGUACUCGAUUCUUCACUUUCUCGAACCAAUUGGCGUCUCAAAACUUCCUCAAAGCGCCGUCUCGAGACAGAUAUUCUGGCAUUAUGCACGGGGAUGAGACCGGUAAUAAUGAUAGAUUACGGUGGAAAGAUGCCCGAACUUAGAGACCGACUAUGUGCAUUUCUCAAGUUUAGCCAAGAGGAGUCUUCUAUCUUUGAGAAUUUACGGGUCAUGGUUAUUGAAGAUAUGAUAUAUUUGAUAUGUGUCAGAGAGCUUGCAGAGCUUAUUAAAUUAACGAUUAACAAAGAACUGGAACUGUAUUUUGUUGAUCUUGAACAGGAUCCACCGAAGAUGGUAACUGAGGUCGAAAAGAUUUCCGUAGGUGCACAAUUUAUAUCACUCCAGAAGCUAUUCUUUUCAGUCUUCUGUGAUGAUGCAACAACGGAUGAUGUUUCUGAUUGUCGCCUUCGUGUUAAUAAUCAGCCUUCAGACUUCAUCGAUCUGAGUCAUUUUAUGCAAGAUACGCCUGUCACUGUGCCAACUUUGAACGGGUGGCUUCUUGGUUACCCUGUGGUGUAUAUAUUUGGCAAGGACCAUAUACAAGAUGCUGUAUAUAAUCUUUCCACCAAAUCGCUAAAUCUUUUCAACAUUUUUGUACGCAGGAACAGUAGCUCCAGUAAAAAACCUCCACAAGAAGAAUUAAUGAGUUUCUCAGUACCUUAUGAACUGAGCAUAGACGGUGAUAAGGAAGCGUGGGCCGAGGCAUUUCUGGCUCGCAUGAAGGUCAGGUGGGAAAAUUGCAAACAUGUUUGGGGGACGUUGCGAAUGGAGGUUAAUGCUACUUACCCACAAGCAAUUGCAUUGUAACCAUUGUAAAUUCUCGUGUUAUUUUGAACUCCUUUUUAGAAUGUUGUUCAGUUCGCAUAGGUUAGUAAUGAUCACCAUGUUAGUUUUUAUAGUUGUAUCCCUUUAUGUCUAAAGGGUAAAAUACUAGAAGUCAUUUCAUAUAAUGAGCAAAUUUAUAAUUUGUAUUAAUAUAGGGGUUCAACUUA